AAGGAGAACGAAGCAUAGAAAAAAGUGUCCUUAGAGAGACACCCAAGUGCAGCAUUUCUCGAAAUAAAGAUGCCCCAAUUAGUGCCCGUUUACAAUCAGGAAAAGUCGCUGAAGGAGCAGGAUGAUACGGAGCUAAUAAAACAUCGAAAUUGGGACUUCGCCCACUCCUUAGUGAAAUUGAAAAAGAAGGGCCCCGCAGACGACGACGAUGCACAUGAUAGCGGGGUACACCUGAGAAAAAGCAACAACCUUAUGAAAAACGAAAAAGGACUAUGGGUCCCAAAAAAGGGUAUAGCGAGUGAAGAUAAAACCAAGAAUGAUAAAAAAAGAGAAAAAAAAGGAGAAUCUGAAAAUAAAAAAAAAGAGUAUGUUCGUAAGAAGCGGAACAAAUCGAGUAGUCAAUCUUCCUCUGAUGAUUCGAGGGUGUCCAAAUCACCAACCCCUUCGCGUGAAUCUUCUAAAAAGAAAAGAAGAAGGAAACGAUCCUCCAGUUCAACGCCCAUCAGAAAGGGUGCCAGCAGGGAUUCUUCGAGUGCCCAUACACGGGAAAGCUCCGAUAUGAGCCGAACUGCAGAUUCAAAGCUUAGCGCGAGAACGAACAGGACAAGUUCCCGCGAAAGUGGCACCAAA